AUGGUCGCUUUUGGGGGUCUCUGGACCCCAAAAGGACCUAAUUUCGGAUGGCUUCUUCUCUGCAAGUCUGCAGCAAAGGAGCUCGGCAGGGGUCAAGCCGGUCCUAUUCGGGUGGAGGGCGGACUUAAAUGUCGGUCCAGAGAAGCAGUUGUAGAAGAUAUAGGUCGAGCCAGUACAAGAAAAUUGGUACCUCUGAUCUCAAACGAAGAACAAUUUGACAAUUUGAACAAGGAUGACCCGGUCCCUCGGGCAAGUCGGUCUAGGAGAACGUUGGAGAGUACGCCAAAGAAACGUGCACUGAGUGCGCUCGAGUCGGUCAAGUGGGACAAUGAUAAGGAAAAUCAAGAUAGCGACGAGGACGACGAUGAUGAUGUUGAAAAUGAAAACGAUGCUGAAGAGAUGGGGAGGACAGAGGAAAAGGGGAUCAAAACCCUGAAAAUUAUCCAGCUUGGCACUGAGGAGGUCAAGAAGUACGCAAUCCUGAACAAGAAGGAUGGGGAGGAGGACAGUGACGAUGAUGACGACUUUGAUCGAGAGGAUCGGGAUAUCAGCUUUAAUCAUGAUGAUGAUGGACGUGAAACUAACGAGGAAAUGGAGAAAUGGUUGGACAACUACACAGAUAGGAUACCAGAGGAGACUACUAUUAAGGUCGCUAAAAAGUAUCCUUCCAAAAACAAGUUUCCCUGUCCUAAAUGUCCAAAGAUUUGGAAUUGGCCCUGGGAGCUGAGACGCCAUCUUGUUAUUCAUUUUAAACCUCAGAAGUUAGACGCAAACACUGGACACGGGGUUAGUUUUAGUUCAAUUUUUGCUCGCUAG